AUGGUAAACUGUUAUCCAGAUGACAAGAAAAAUUAUGGCCGCCGGGAGAAUAAUAAAGUUGACAAUGUUUGGACUAAUAUCAAAGACGUUGUGAUGAAUUUUAUAGAGCCAGACGUCAACCGUCCCAACUUGAGAUCGCGAGCGGAGAAGUACAAUAAAAAACCGGAGUUGAUCCAAUUAAAAGGCAGCAAUGAGAAACCCUCGCUGAUGUACGAAAUAGAAAGUGCUUCGGUCCUCGACAGCCUUCAGGAUGUACUAGGUUCGCAGAAAGCGAGAAGAUAUUCAGACAACAUCGCGCGCGCAGCCGCAUAUGUGUAUCGCUUGAUAAAGGAAGCCUAAAUUGCUAGAAAUAAACUAAUGUAAUUGUUUUUUAAACUACUACAAGUUUAGGUGCAAUCCCAC